AGAGUUCCAUGCGGCUAGUAUAGUGACCAGUCGCUAAUUACAUAUAAACACAAGUUUUACAUACCAAAUAUCUACUUAAUGAUUACAAAUACGUUGGAAACACUUUUUAUCUACCAAACUCACAUGUUGAUAUAGUUCCAUGAGGAAGGUGUACGUUGGUCGUCUGGUAACGACAUGUCGCAAAUGAAUCUCCUUGGAUGUAAACAAUAUGGCGACCAAAUGAACGACGUCAGUUUUAACAGAAAAUCAAAAUCAGUUAUUCAGGUACUUUAUUGUUCAAUUUCUUCAGAUGGCCGUUGAUCGAUAAGCUUGGGGUCGGAUCGUAUUGAGAGGAUAAACAUCCAUGUAUUUGAUGCUGGUGAUAUAACGGAACAUGAUGUAGCCGAGGUGACUGAAAUACAGACGAUAUACGGUACUAUUAUCCUGGUGUAGAGGUUCCAAGGAAGAUAUUGAAUAGAUUACAGAAAUCAUGGAGAUGGCUAGUGUUGGUGUCCGAUUACCAAAGUCACCUUUCCACCUGGCCUGUUCCUAUGGACAAGUAGCAGAAGUUAUGAAACUUAUUGAGGAAGGAGCAGAUCCUGGCCAAGGUGGUGGUGAUGGUGAGAGGAGUCCGUUACAUGAUGCCUGUAUAGGAGGCCACACAGAGUGUGUGAAGAUACUCCUGCAGCAUAUGGACAACAUCGACGUGGCCGACCCACUUGGGCAAACUCCACUGCAUCUAGCUGCGUACAAUGGAGAACUUAAGUGCUUGAAACUGCUGGUUGACAAGGGCUCGAACCUUGUAGCUGAAGACAAGAAAGGGAGACAACCCAGCCAUCUGGCAGCUAUGAGGAACCAAGUUAAAGUUGUCAAGGUGUUGUUUGACCAUGGAGUAGACCUUGACAGUCGCUGUAAAAGUGGCAAGACUCCACUACACUACACAGCUCAGUAUGGAGCUCUAGACUGCAUGAUCUGUUUGGUGGAGCGUGACUGUGACACUAUGAUGGGUGACAACAGUGGCUUCUUGGCAGCACAUGUGGCUGCACGGUACAACAAGCUAGAUUGUCUCCGGUUCCUUAUCAAACAGGGAACAGCUAUCAACUCCAUACAGGCUGAUGGCAAAACGCCAGCACAUGUAGCAUCUUGUCAUGGGUCUGUGGAGGUGCUGCAUUGGCUGUAUGGGAAGGGGGCUGAUGCAAACUUCCAGGAUUAUUUUGGCAAUACUCCGGGCCACUAUGCAGCGGAGGGAGGAUGGGCGGGGUGCUUGAACUGCUGUCUGCAGCAUGGAGGAGACCUACAGGUCCCCAACAUCAGGGGCGACACAGUGCUGGAUGCUGCCAAGAAACAUGGACACCCAAUACUCAUGGAACGAGCAGUUAAGAAUGAAGUGCCAUGUCCAUUGUGCUACAAGAGAUAUGAGAAGAAGGAGUGGGAGAGGACACACAAGCCGUCGCGUGUAGAGAGGGACAUCUCGGCUGCCAAGGCCACUGCCUUUGUUUCUCCACUACCUCCAAUGAAAAAAACUCCAUCCCAGUUACAGAAAAAUAAGCACCAACGUGAACAGACUUUGGAGAACCAGCAGAAGACGCUGCUGCCAGACCGGGACCUGGCUGCCAAGUUCUUUGGUGAACAUCUCGACCCAAAUUCCAACUUUCAUUUCCAUCUAUGAGGAGGGAGAAAGCUUGUCUACACAUUAACUUCAAGAAGCUUACACAAGAUAGCAUUCACAAGCCUAAACUGUAAACUUUCUUCUGUUAACUGACUAAUACAAACAGUAACAGAAACAUUCCAAACUGUUGCUUUAUUAGGCGAUUACAUUUGGAAUAUCUACUUCAGUUCCAGUAGUAUUUAAACUUGUUGUGUCUGUGUGAGUCUGUGUCUUUAUUUGUGUGUCUGUGAGAGAGAUGUGUGGACAGAGUGAUAUAUAUAUACAGGUAUAAGAAUUUGAACAAAUCAAAGAUAUUUGUAAAAGGGGUCCAAAACCUCUGAACCCAACCCUUGACCCUCCUUCAUACCCGAGGAACACAUAGAAUCCAUCCUCUAUUCACUAUGCCCAGGUCAGCCCAAUGCAGAGUACCCUGAGCUGUUCUCCCCAACACCUCCUUGAAUCCAGCUGUUUGAUUCUUUUCCUCUUCCACUGUGAUAUUCUUGGCUGCCUUUCUGUGAUGACUUUAAUAUAUUUCGUAUCAUUAUUCUAAUAAAUCAAACUUUGAAACAAA